UGUCCUCGGCCUUUGUCUGCAACACUCUCCCUCUCCAAACGUGCAGAAGAUUGCUGGGCGUAUGCGGUGGUGGCGAGCAUAGAAGCAGCGUACGGCAUCGCGAGGAACAACUUGACAUCAUUCCCAUCGCUCUCCAUCGAAUCCCUCUACCAACUCUUGGGGCUGGCUAGUUGCAGCAGCAGCUCUCCCACCUUUGCCUUUCAAAAGCUCGUUAAGGCAACUUUGAAUAAGGACGGCAUCACUGCAGAGCCAACUGACCCUCCCACCACCACUUCACGUGUCAUUACCCGUUCCUCCUCCUUUUUCUCCUUCUUUUCCUCCUCCUCCUCCUCCUCCUCCUCCUCCUCCUCCUCCUCCUCCUCCUCCUCCUCCUCCUCCUCCUCCUCCUCCUCCUCCUCUUCCUCUCCAUCCUCCCCUUCCUCCUUCCUUUCCACACUCUACUCAUAUUUCUAUCUUGCCUCACCUCCAGCAACACAUCACCCUUCUUCUCUUAGAACUUCUUCUCUCACCGCGUCUGCACCACCAAUGCUGGAGAAAUAUCUGGUGCAUGGGUUUGAGAGGACAGCAUUCAAGGGGUACUUUGGGCUCAUGCUGGCAGUGGGGCGCCAGCCCGUUGUGGUGCACAUCGAGGCCACCGCUGCCUCGUUCACCACCUAUGAUGGGACAUACAACUACCACGUUGGUGAUUGCUACACGGGCAACCUCAACCAUGUUGUACUCGUUACAGGCUACCUCAUUGCCGGCACUGACAACAACCGCCCGACCAUCUCCGCGCCCUUCUGGAAGAUCCGCAACUCGUGGGGCACGAAGUGGGGGGCGGAGGGAUACAUGUACAUGGGGAUAGCGGGGGGAGAUGGCAUCUGCGGCAUCAAUGUGCUGCCUGGCAUCUACCCUGUCAUCCGAAAUACCAGUGACCCUUGCAUGGCCAGUGCGUACAAGCUCAAAGGCGAUAAAGCCUCCGUCAUGAACCCCUGUGGCUCCUUCGAUUGUACAAAGCGAAUUGGCGAACCUUCCAACAAUUGUUCCUGCAAGCAUCCCUUCAUUGAGGCUGUCAACAAAGACGGCUCUCAGUCCUGUGCCUUUGUGGAUGUGUGCAGUGGCAGCACACGAAACCCAUGUGAGGUGGGGUCGUGUAUCAACGAUGAAAAGGGCUCGUACACGUGUGUGUGCCCGCCCACACACUCACUCGACACCACCGUUGAUGGCUUCCCCACCUGCUCCAAAGAGUGGAAUGUUGCCUCCACGCUGGUGGUGAAUGGCAGGAACUGGCAGUGUGCCGAUGUGCACUCCCUCUUCAAUCUCACCAUUGAGGAGUUUAUGAGCAAUAACGAGGUGCAGCUUCACCUGCCUAUUUCUGCAACCACCCUCACUUCCCACAAUGCCGUGCUUUCUGUAGUCUGCUCUGGCUCCUAA